CCGGGGGAGGCGGAGGACAUUGAGUCCGUGUGGGCCACGUUCCGCACCUCCAUUUUUGAGGCGGCCGAUCGGAGCUGCGGCCGUAAGGCGGUCAAUGCCGGUCGCGGUGGCAAUCCCCGAACCUGCCAAACCGACAUCCCUUACCGCUACGCCAGCGGUAAGGGAUGCUCUCAAGCUGAAGAAGGAGGCCUGCCGGGCCUUUUUGGCCUGUGGGAUUCUGGAAACAGCUGACAGGUACCGGCCGGCCAAACGGAAUGCAGCUUCGGCGGUCACUGAGGAUAAAACUCGGACAUGGGAGGAGUUCAGCGAGGCCAUUGAAAACGACUUCCGGUUGGGCUUUGAGGAAAUUCUGGUCCACCAACCGACGCCUGAGGAGAGGAAAGCAGUGAACCAUGAACACUGUCUAUAGCGGAGAUGGGGUACUGCUGACCUCGACUCGGGUCAUCGUGAGUCGGUGGGGAGAAUACUUCGAAGACCUCCUCAAUUCCACCAACAUGAGGGAGCAGAGCCUGGGGACUCCAAGGUGGGCUCUAUCUCCGGGGUCGAGGUCACUGAGGUGGUCGGAAAGCUCCUCGGUGGCAAGGCCCCAGGGUGGAUGAGAUCUGCCCGGAGUUCCUGAAGGCUCUGGAUGUUGUGGGGCUGUCGUGGCUGACACGUCUCUAAAGCAUCCCGUGGACAUCAGGGACAGUGCCUCUGGAUUGGCAGACCGGGGUGGUGGUCCCCCUUUUUAAGAAGUGGGAUCAAAGGGGUGUGUUUCAAUUAUAGAGGGAUCACACUCCUCAGCCUCCCCAGUAAAGUCUAUUCAGAGGUGCUGGAGAGGAGGGUCCGUCGGAUCUCGGAUUCAGGAGGAGCAGCGUGGUUUUCGUCCCGGCCGUGGAACAGUGGACCGGCUCUACGCCCUCGGCAGGGUCCUCGAGGGUGCAUGGGAGUUCGCCCAACAAGUCUACAUGUGUUUUGUAGAUUUGGAGAAGACGUUCAACCGUGUGCCUCGGGGAGUCCUGUGGAGAGUGCUCCGGUAGUACGGGGUACCGAGCCCCUUGGUAAGGGCUGUUUGUGUCAGAGUUUGGUCCGUGUUGCCAGCAGUAAGUCGAAUUCGUUCCCAGUGAGGUCCCUUUGUCACAGAUUCUGUUCAAAAUUUUUAUAGACAGAGUUUUUAGAAGCCGAAGCGUUGAGGGGGUCAGGUUUGGUGGCCUCAGCAUUCCAUUUCUGCUUUUUGCAGAUGGUGUGGUGCUGUUGGCUUCUUCGAGCCGUGACCUCCAACUCUGACUGGAGCGGUUGGCAGCCGAGUGAAGAGGUGUUCCGGGCAUGUCCCACCGGCGGGAGGCCCCGGGGACGACCCAGGACACGCUGGAGAGACCAUAUAUCUCUUGGCUGUCCUGUAAACGCCUUGGGAUCCCGCUGGUUGAAGUGGCUGGGGAGAGGGAAGUCUGGGCUUCCCUGCUAAAGCUGCUGCCUCCGCGACCUGACCCCGAACUAAGUGGUAAAUGAUGGAUGGAUGGAUGGAUGGAUGGAUGGAUAAUUGUUCGCGGGCCCCCCAAGAUGAUCGUACGGUGUGUGUGUGGGAGGGUGCCAUUGGAAAAUUUGUUGUUGUCCCCACCUCCACAUGACAAGGGUUGGCGGGGGGGUUGGCAGAGAUAUAUUAUCAUCUUACUUUUCCUUUUGACUCUCCCCUCGCCUGACUACAUCCCCUUUAUGACUAUGAACCGGGCCUAGGUGGGGCACACACUUAAGCUCCGCCCUUGCCACUGCGCCGAAAUAAAAUUCAGAAAGGAAAAGACAUUUUUCAUAGUAAAACCAAGCCUGUGCUGUGAUGCCACACGCCAACGUCCUGUCGAUGACAUUACAUUAUCAUGAGCGGAAGGUCACGAAAGUGCUCGGUUUGACAGUCAGGAGUGAGAAUGGACGACGAAUACGUGCGCUACUGCUAAAUGAAGACGGAAGAUGGCGUUUGUCGGAUGUGCGAUGGCCAAAUGAAGCUUUCCCAACCAAAUAGGUUUAAUACAUGGGUAAACGUGAACUCUCCUGGCAAAAAGUCAAAUCGCAGCGCCGCACAUUUCAAGUUGGAUACACAGGAGGAAAGUCCUAUUUACAAAUAAAGAUUUAUGAAUGCGUACUUUGUGUUACGGAUGUGCGGCGAAAAUGACACUGCAUAAAUAUGGGCAAGAUGUGGGAGGGUUUUUAUUCAGGCACAGUACUUUGUCACCGGCAGACGACGAUCUGGUCGACCGCGCGGCGAUCCCUUUCAAUAUUGUCCAUCAAAUCGGUUUAGGGUUAGCGAGCCGUCCUCUUUGACGGGAAAAUGGCAGUGGAGCGCGCUCGCGUGUUUUUUAAUCCUAAUCUGAUUUAAUCCGGCCCCGCCCCCCACUUCGCGCGGAAUUUACCGCCGGUCUUCGGAGCGGAGAAGCCGCGUCCUGACACCAUGGCCGCCGGGGCCGCUUUCCUGGUUCUGCCGUGGCCCGGCGCCGGGUCGCCGGAGGAGGGUCGCGGGGGCGCGCUGCUCCGGGGCGGCGCCGUGCUGGGAGCGCUCCUGAUCAUCUGCGUGGCGGCCUUGCGCAAGUGGAUCGCCGGCGGCGUUUGCCGGAGCGACCGGCGGCAGGACGGCAAGACGGCGCUGGUGACGGGCGCCAACACGGGCAUCGGCAAGGAGACCUGCAGAGAGUUGGCCCGGCGAGGCGCCCGCGUGGUGAUGGCGUGCAGAGACCUGUCCAGGGCCGAGCGAGCGGCGGAGGAGAUCCGGGCGUCCACGGGCAACGGGAACGUGGUGACCCGCCACUUGGACCUGGCGUCUCUCUACUCGGUCAGACAGUUCGCCAAAGACUUCCUGGACACCGAGGACAGGCUGGACAUCCUCAUCAAUAACGCCGGCGUGAUGAUGUGCCCCAAAUGGCUGACUGAGGACGGCUUCGAGACCCAGUUCGCCGUCAAUCAUCUGUCUCACUUUCUUCUGACCAACCUGCUGCUCCCCAAACUGAAGAGCUCGGCCCCCAGCCGCGUGGUGACCGUGUCGUCCGUGGCCCAUCGCGGAGGUCACAUCGACUUUUCCGACCUGUUCUUCGCCUCUCGUCCGUACAGCCCGCUGCAGAGCUACCGGCAGAGCAAGCUAGCCAACGUGCUCUUUAGCCGAGAGCUGGCGCGCCGCCUCCGAGGUACGGGAGUGAGUUCGUUCUGCGUGCACCCCGGCGUCAUCCGGACCGAGCUGGGCCGCCACGUGGAGGGUCGCUUCCCUCUGUCGGGGGCGCUGCUGAGGCUGCCGGCUUUGCUGCUGAUGAAGACGCCGCGGCAGGGCAGCCAGACCAGCCUGUACUGCGCCGUCACGCCCGGACUGGAGGACCGAUCGGGGAGCUACUUCAGCGACUGCGCCGUCAAGGAGGCGGCGCCGGAGGGGCGGGACGACCAGGUGGCCCGCAGGCUGUGGACGGAGAGCGCCCGACUGGUCGGCAUUCCCGACGACCAGUGCUGAGGGAGGAUGGAAGCCCGCCGACGUUUCGCAGUCCGUCCCUAAUUGAUAUCAGCGCCCGUCAAGAGUUCAUUCACAAAAUAAAGCUGUUAGAACAGGAUGAA